AUGUCCGCUCCGGAGAAGCCGCUAGUGUCGGAGGAGGAGAUGGCGAACGCGCGGCUGAGCCUGGGCGCGCGCGAUCUGUGCGCGCAUCUGCUGAUUCCGCUGAACCGGUGCCGCACGGAAACGAUUCGCACGCGGGUAUUUGCUCCAGAUUUCAGCUACCCCCCCCCCCCCCUCCCUUCCUCCUCCCCCCCCUCCAAGCAGGCGGUGAGUCGCGUGAUAGAGGGUGCGGGGUGCGUCUCCACGGCGGGCGAGGUGGUGAGCCGAGUGAUAGAGGGCGUGGGGUUCGGAUUCUACACGGCGGACGAGGUGCGCGCCAUUAGCGUCAGGCGCAUCACCAAUCCGCUGCUCUUCGAUGGGCUGCGCAGCCCUGCUGCUGGCGGCCUCUACGACCCUGCACUCGGCCCCGUUGAUAAAUCUGAUGUCUGCGUCACAUGCCAGCUGGGGUACUUCCAUUGCCCGGGGCACUUCGGCCAUCUGGAGCUGGCACUGCCCGUGUACCACCCGCUGCUCUUCUCCCUGCUCGUGAAGCUGCUGCGCUGUGUGUGCCUGCGCUGCCACCAUCUGAAGCUGCUCUCCGCCGUGCUAGGCCCCAUGCCCGUGUACCACCUGCUGUGCUUUGGCCUUCUCGUGAAGCUGCUGCGCUGCGCUGCGUGUGCCUGCCACCACCUCAAGAUUCUUUCUGCCAUGUCGAAGCUGUAUGCGCUGCGGCUGGCGCUGAUUUCCCAGGGGCGGCUGAGGGAGGCGCAGGAGCUGGGACAGAAAAUGCCGCCCAAGGCCAAGCGUCGAGGCUGGGGCAAGGGGAAUGGGAAAGGAAAGGGAGAAGAGGGGAUGGGAGGAGGAAAAGGAGGAGCAAAGGCUGUAUAUGUGUCUGGGCCAGCAGGGGCAGUAGAUGAUGAUGAGGAUGAGGAGGAGGAAGAGGAGGAGGGGGAGGAUGGGGAGAAAGGAGCACAGGAGAUGGAUAUUGAUGGGUCUUGGAAAGCAGAGGCUGAGAAAGCUGCUGCUGCAGCGGAGGCUGCGGGGGGAGACGAGUGGGGGGAUGUGCUGGAGGGGGAAGGGGGAGGGGGAGGGGGAGAGGAGAGGUGGUCGUGGGCAGCAGAGGUGGCGGCGAGGGAGGUGGUGCGGGAGCUGUGGAGUGUGGUGCCGGCCUCCAAGUGCCAGAACUGCUUUGCCAACAACCCCAGCGUCAAGCGGGAGGGCCACAGCAAGAUUUUCAGAGUAUGUCUGGCUGUCUGUCUGGCAUCGGAGAAACCUCUGGCAUUGAAGCCACAGCACCAGAACGACCUGAACGGAUUCACCUUCCCAGACGUGCUGGCAGAGCUGGCAGAAGCCGCUGCUUCUGGCAACGACCCCGCCGACAUCAACAUCGGGCCGGACGGCGAACUCCGGAGCUACACCGUGGACGGCAACGGAAGCGGAGAGAAACGCAUGCUGCUGAGGGACGACGAUGACAGCGACGACGAUGAGAUGCUGGCUGCUGCAGCAGCAGCGAAGCGGAAGCGGGGGGCGGGAGGAAGAGGAGUGGGAGGAGAGGCGGGGACUAGGCGGCCGUUUCUGAUGAAUGUGGCUGAGGUGGAGGAGCAUCUGCGGCGCCUGUGGAUCCGUGAACCCGCCAUUUGCAAUGCACUCUUCGGCUCCCACUCCUCCACCCACUCCCACGCCCACUCCGCUGCUGGUCUCUCGCCGUACCAUCACAAGCGGUACUACUAUCAGCAGCAGCAGGGCGUGGGGCAGCAGCAUGGGGGCGGUGGUGGUGGUGGGGGCGGUGCUCCGACGUGGCCGUCUGCGUUCUUCCUGCGCUGCCUGCUCGUGCCGCCCAACAAGUUCCGCCCCCCCAACAUUAUGAACGAUAUGCUGCUGGAGCACGCGCAGAACGUCUUCCUCACGAAAAUCCUCGAGGCCAACCUCUUCAUCACCCAGAUCGGCCGAGAGGCCGCCGCCACUGCUGCCGCCGCUGCCGCCGGUAACGCUGCUACAAGUGCAGGCUCUGCCGGUGCUGGUACUGGUGCUGAGGGUGAGGGGGGCGGUCAGCAGCUGGCGAAGCUGGUGUAUACGGCGGGGGUGGAUGGCGGAGGGGGAGCGGCGGCGGAGGGGGCGGAGAUCGGCGCGACGGAAGUGAGGAAGGCUGCGAUCGCGUGGCUGCAGCUGCAGCACCACGUGAACUGCUUCCUGGAUAGCAGCCUGAGCUCACAGAAGGACCCGGUGAACGGCAUACGGCAGCAGCUGGAGAGGAAGGAGGGGCUGUUUCGAAUGAACAUGAUGGGCAAGCGUGUCAAUUACGCCUGCCGCUCUGUCAUCUCGCCCGACCCUUACAUCCAGGUGAACGAGAUCGGAGUGCCGCCCGUUUUUGCCAAGCGACUCACGUACGCUGAGACCGUGACAGACUGGAACGUGGAGUAUCUGGCACGACUCGUGGAGAACGGGGCGGACGUGUUACCCGGAGCCACACACGUGGAGGACGAGAGGGGGCAGCUCGUCUCCCUCGCCCACCUCAACCCCGACCGCCGGAGGGCCCUCGCCCGCACGCUGCUCUCCACCCCCUCUGCUGCUGCGCUCGCGGCCAAUCAGCGCGCGACAGGUGUCCACGUGAAGGACGGCGAGGGGAAGAAAGGGGGAAGGGAGGGAGCGGCGGUGGAGGGGAAGGGGGUGCAUGUGCGGCGCGCGAUGGUGAAGUCGGUGUAUCGGCACAUGAGGGAUGGAGAUGUGGUGCUGGUGAACCGACAGCCCACGCUGCAUCGCCCUGGUAUCAUGGCGCACCGAGUGAAGAUCCUCAAGGGGGAGAAGACCCUUCGCCUGCACUAUGCCAACUGCAAUGUGUACAACGCGGACUUUGACGGGGACGAGAUGAAUGUGCAUCUGCCUCAGGACGCCCUGGGGCGAGCAGAAGCGUACUCGAUAGUAGACGCUGACUUACAGUACAUACUUCCCACCAACGGCCUGCCUGCCAGAGGGCUCAUUCAGUAUCACAUCAUCGCUUCAACACUUCUAACCACACCAGGAACGCUGCUCACGCGCACAGAGUUCCAGCACCUGCUCUUCUCCGCCUGCCCAUUCACAUGUCUUUCCUCUUCUCCCUUCUGCUUACUUACUCUCUCCCACACUUAUUCCCGUCAGGACCACAUCAUAGCAGCAACUCUCCUCACCUCACCAGGAACGCUGCUCACGCGCACAGAGUUCCAGCACCUGCUCUUCUCCGCCUGCAUCCCACCCCCCGACACCCCCUUCCAAUCCCCCCCUGCCAAACCCGCCACUGCCGCUCCUGCUGUCGCUGGUGCUGCUGGUGCAACAGCUGCUGCUGAUGGUGCUGCUGCUGCUGCUGCUGCUGUUCCCGCCGCUGCUGCUCCUGGUACUGCGGCUGUCAGUCCACCUCCUGCUGACGCCACCACCACUGCCACCACCACCAUAACCGCCGUCCCCCCUGCUUCCGCUACCGCCACUGUCGCACCAGCAGCCGCAUCAGCAGUGGAGCAGGCAGCAGUGGGCAUGGCAGCAGCAGCAGCAGCAGCAGCAGCAGGCACAAAAGCAGCGCCCAGAAUCCGCGCUCUUUCUGAUCCCGGUGCUGCCAUCACCAUGCCGCCCCCUGCUGUGUUGAAGCCGCACCUGCUGUGGACUGGCAAGCAGGUGAUCACGGCGCUGCUGCUACAGCUGCUGACUGACGGAGGGCCAGCAGGCAAUGACAAUGGAGGUGGCGUGCAAGGUGGUCUUUUCUUCCCCCUUUCUUCCCCUCCUCUCAUGCCUUUUCUUCCCCUUCUCCACUCCCAUGCUCUCCUCCCGUGCUCACUCCUCUCCCUCCCCUUCUCCUCCCAGGUGAUCACGGCGCUGCUGCAGCUGCUGACGGAGGGGCAGCAACCAAUGACAAUGGAGGUGGCGUGCAAGGUGUCGGCGCGCUAUUGGGGGAAGGGCCGGCAGGAGGACGCGACACUGCGGGUGCGGGGCGGCGAGGUGGUGACAGGGGUGUUUGACAAGGCGCAGUUCGCCCGCUACGGCCUCGUGCACUGCUUUCAGGAGCUCUACGGCUGCCCUGCUGCCGGCAAGCUGCUCUCCUCGCUCAGCCGCCUCCUUACCACCUUCUUGCAGAUCCGCGGGUUUACCUGCGGCGUGGGCGAUUUGCUGUUAACAGCCCCGGCAGAGGCGGAGCGAGAGGCAAUCAUAUCGCGGGCGGACAGCAUUGGGGACCCGGUGCACGCUCAAUUUGUUGGGCUCACUGGGAAGAAGGCCGAGAGUGAGUCUCAGCCGAGAGUGAGUCUCAGUAGUUACUCUACAGUAACUAUUGCAAUCAUAUCGCGGGCGGACAGCAUUGGGGACAGCAUUAGUUACUCUACAGUAAGGUCUCCACAACAACCGCAACCUCUGCCUUUUCUCACUCACCAUCCCUCCCUUUUCCUCCCCUCUCCCUUCCCCUUUUGCUCCCCUCCCCCUUCCCCUUUGCCCUCCCCUCUCCCUUCCCCUUUGUCCUCCCCUCCCCCUUCCCCUUUGCCCUCCCCCUUCCCCUUUGCCCUCUCCCUUCCCCUUUGCCCUCUCCCUUCCCCUUUUCCUCCCCUCCCCCUUCCCCUUUUCCCUCCCCCUUCUCUUUCCCUUUGCCCUUUGCUUCCCCUUCCCCUGUUCUCCACUUUGGUUUCCUUCCGCCAUUUCGCAGCUGCAAACAAGGAGUGGGUGAGGGAGCACGUGGCCCUGCAGCUGCGCACGCGGAAGGAUGCCGCCACAGCAGCGCUCGACAACCGAAUGACCUCCGCCCUCAGCAAGGUCACCACCGCCGCAACCUCCGCCGCGCUGCCCGACGGGCAGCUGAAACCUUUCCCGGCCAAUUGCAUGUCGCUGAUGACGGUCACGGGCGCCAAGGGCAGCGGCGUGAAUUUCAACCAGAUUGCGGUGCUGCUGGGUCAGCAGGAGCUGGAGGGGAAGCGCGUGCCAAGAAUGGCGUCGGGGAAGACUCUGCCUUGCUUUGAGGCGUGGAGCAGCGAGGCCAGAGCGGGCGGGUUCAUCGCGGAUCGGUUUCUCACUGGGUUGCGCCCGCAGGAGUACUACUUCCACUGCAUGGCAGGCAGAGACGGACUGGUGGACGCAACUGUCAAGACCUCCCGCAGUGGGUACCUGCAGCGGUGCCUGGUGAAGAACCUGCAGGGGCUGCGAGUGCGCUACGACUACAGCGUGAGAGGCAUGCCCUUAUC